CGCGAGCCCCGUAGGCCAGGAGCACGGAGGGAGGCCGCAGAGUGGUUACACGCCGACUAGCCGCCAGGCGGGCCUCCCCCCUACAGCUCUCAAAGGCGUGGAGCAGCAGGGAAGGAAGGAGGGAAGAGACGCGGGGGCACAGGGCCAUGGACAUACCUCGAGCCCUGUCUCCCAGUGGCGACCUCGACUUGGCGGAGGUGACCCCCACCCAUGGGGUGGCUGGGCCCCUGAAGAGAGGAAGGGGAGGCAAGACCGGGAGCAGCGAGUCUAUGCUCCCUUACUAUACGGCAGCCAGUGGGUGCCUUGUGGGCCUAUUCAACACGCCCACUGGGAAGCUGCAGAAGCAGUUGUACAGAGAGGAGGAGUACGAGGCCUUCAAGUACGCCCCCAUGUUCGAGAGCGACUUCAUCCAGAUCACCAAGAGAGGGGAAGUGAUUGACCUAGCCUGUCCCUUACCAGAACAGCAUUUCAACCUCCUGAACUUGGGGGUCGGAGAAGGAGUAGUAAGAAGGAGGGAGGACUGUGGAACAUACUUCCCACGGUGGGGAGACUACAGGCUACUCCCCUUGAAGUUUGUGAAGAUUUCUGUCCAUGAGGGUGAGAAGCAGCGUCUUCGGCUGAAACUGGUCAUCGAGUCAUUCUACUCACAACUCUGUCCACCCUCCGAUGUCAGGGAGGACCUCUUGUCCUACUGGGAGAAGCUCAUCUAUCUCCUUUGGCCACUUGUGGAGGGCUACAGCAGCCGCCACGCCACCCGUGUUGCGGAUGGCGUCGAGGUGCCUGUUUUCAUUGCAGAAGAUAAAUCUCCUGUGAGUCUAGCCACACAGAAGCACCCAAUAUGGGCCUUGCCUGGCCUGCCUCUCAUGUCCUCUUUAGAGCACUCCAUCAUAUUCUCUAAUCACCUAUGCCCAGAGAGGGCUUUGCUAGCCCAGGAGGCGCCAAGUAGGACCUGCUGCGCCAUCACAUCACCGUCCAAGGGGUGCCCAGUGUGUCCCUUCCCAGUACACCAUCUGUCGUGGCAUUGCUGUAGCCGCUGCCACCAGCAAGAGGCCUGCCAGAAAGGCCAUGGCUUUGACUCCCGCAGGAGUGGGGGCAGCUACAGGAGGCAGCCAGGGCCUGGCAUAAGUGUUUCCCUGGCUGGGACUACAACUGGGCAGGUGACAGAGACCACUUCUCUCAGCAGUGUGAGUGUAAUGCUGGCUGGCGCUGCCAGUGUGAUCCCAGACUCGGUGAGCAUGUCUUCUGCGGGCAUCUGCAGCCUCACCCCGUCAGUCCACAUGAGCAUGGCCUCUGCUGGAGCCGGGAGCAUCGCUGUAGCAGCCUAUGAAGCAUCACCCCACCCACGAGAGAACCCCCUUGUGUUGAACUUGCAGAGUGAGGGCUACAUGACUGAGCGGGAUGGAAGUCAGAGGGUGGCCAAAAAAGAUACGUCAUUGCGGAGGCACUCCCGGCACCAGGAAAGGGGAGUUCGCAGACUGGCCAAGAAGAAAGGCUGCAGUGGCCAGAGGAGGUCUUCCUGGCAGGCUGUGUCUUCCAAGGAGAUUCAUAAAUGGCCUCAGGCUGCAGGGAGGAUGUCACAGCCAGUCUUCCCACAAAGCCACCAGCCGCAGUCCCUCGGUAAACGAUUCCAGGUGAGAGGAGUUGCUUGCCAGAUGCUAGCUAUGUAUGCCCCACCUUUCCUGUACCCCCCAAAAAAAGGAUCUUGAUGGGCAUUUCAUGAA